CAGCCGUGCAGCGAAAUGCGUCUCAAAAAACUACGAAUGUCGCGUCAUGAAAAAUCGAAAUCGGUGGGCGGCGGCCUCUUGGAGAGCUGGUUCGGACGACCAUCGAAAUCAAAAGGUAGCGGCACCUACAACAGCCAUUCGCUGCCCCAUGGUGCCGGCGGUCGACCCCUGUCUACGGAUAACGAGGGCGGUCUCGUUGGUGUGGAUGAACUGCAGCGGCACAUUCAAGACCUAAGCGAGGCGGAGGUGAAUGCCAGAUUUCUGGAGAUUAUCGAAGAUAUGAAUAUACCCAAGGACAAGCGUGAACCGCUGCUCAACAAAAACAUGGAAGAGCGCCAAAAGAUGAUAUUCAUGCACAUGAAAGGUAAAAACUCACUGGAGCGCAAUACGAAUUCCCGUUUCGAGAAGCCGAUCGACUAUAUCGAGUAUUUGCAGAAUGGAGAGCAUAGCGAGAAUAAGGUGUAUCAAUGCGUGGAGUCAUUGCGUGUGGCGCUCACUAGCAAUACGAUAUCCUGGAUCAAAGAGUUUGGGGAGGCGGGCAUAGGGCAGAUCGAGAAACUUUUAGCGCGUGCCAAAACCGAUCGCUCCUAUGAACGCAUUGAAUUUGAGGCUAUCAGAUGUCUAAAAGCGAUUAUGAAUAAUACUUGGGGCUUGAAUGUGGUGCUUUCACCCGAACAACAUAGUGUGGUACUCCUGCUGGCACAAUCACUGGAUCCACGCAAGCCACAAACCAUGUGCGAAGCCCUGAAGCUCUUGGCCUCCUUUUGCAUUGUAUACGAAAGGAAUGGAUACGAGAAAGUACUGAGAGCCAUUACCACAAUAGCCGCAACGUCCUACAAGGCCAGCGAGCGAUUCAGGCCAAUUGUGGAUGCCCUAUUCGCAUCCGAUAAACAUGAUCCCAAGCGAGAGCUGGCCGCACAUAGUCUGAUCUUUAUAAACACGUUAACAAAUACGCCCUCAGAUUUGAAUUUCCGACUCCACUUGCGCUGUGAGAUCAUGCGCAUGGGCCUCUACGAUCGACUGGAUGAGUUGAAGGAAAUUGUCGAGAGCAGCAACAAUGAUACACUGCAGCAGCAUUAUAAGAUCUUUAAGGAUGUGCGCGACGAUGAUUUCGAGGAGUUUGUGCAGCGCUUUGAUAACGUCACCUUCAACAUGGACGAUGCCACCGAUUGUUUCGAAGUGCUUAAGAAUCUGGUUACAGACACAACAUCCGAGCCGUAUUUCCUGUCCAUAUUGCAGCAUUUGCUGUACAUCCGCGAUGAUUUCUAUUUCCGACCCGCCUACUAUCAGCUGAUCGAGGAGUGCAUAGCUCAGAUUGUCUUUCACAAGGGCUAUUGCGAUCCGAACUUUGAGAAUCGCAAUUUUAAUAUCGACACCUCAGUGCUGCUGGACGAUAUUGUGGAGAGGGCCAAAGCCACGGAGACACAGCGAUCCGAGGAGUAUGAGAAGAAGAUCGAGGCACUGGAAAGUGCCAAGCAGGAGGCGGAGGCCAAGGCGGCGCAUCUCGAGGAGAAGGUCAAGCUAAUGGAGGCGAAUGGUGUGGCAGCGCCAUCACCUAACAAGUUGCCCAAAGUCAAUAUACCGAUGCCGCCGCCGCCGCCAGGCGCUGGCGGCGCAAUGCCACCGCCGCCACCUCCUAUGCCCGGCAUGGCUGGUGGACCUCGGCCGCCUCCACCACCUCCUAUGCCUGGCAUGGGUGGCCCACGUGCACCGCCACCUCCGCCAAUGCCCGGCAUGGGUGGUCCCCCACCUCCUCCAAUGCCUGGCAUGAUGCGACCUGGUGGCCCGCCACCACCGCCCAUGAUGAUGAUGCCCAUGGCGCCGGUGCUGCCGCACGGACUGAAACCCAAGAAGAAAUGGGAGGCUAAGAAUCCCAUGAAACGUGCCAACUGGAAACCCAUUGUGCCCUCCAAGAUGUCCGAGAAUGCAUUCUGGGUGAAGUGUCAGGAGGAUAAAUUAGCCUCCGAUGAUUUCCUGCAAGAGCUGGCCAUUAAAUUCUCCUCAAAACCGGUGAAGAAAGAGAACCAAAAGGAUGCCGUGGACAAACCAACAACGUUGACCAAAAAGAAUGUCGACUUGCGUGUGCUCGACUCGAAGUCUGCACAAAAUCUUGCGAUUCUACUUGGUGGCUCCUUGAAGCAUCUGUCCUAUGAACAAAUUAAGCUCUGCCUAUUGCGCUGUGAUACGGACAUCCUGUCCUCCAAUAUCCUGCAGAAUCUUAUACAAUAUUUGCCUCCGCCCGAGCAGUUGAAACGUUUGCAGGAGAUCAAAGCGAAAGGCGAACCACUGCCGCCCAUCGAACAGUUUGCGGCGACCAUAGGUGAGAUCAAGCGCUUACUGCCACGCCUUCACAAUCUAAACUUUAAGCUCACCUACGCGGAUUUGGUGCAGGAUAUCAAGCCGGACAUUGUGGCCGGCACAGCGGCCUGUGAGGAGAUACGCAACAGUAAAAAGUUCUCAAAAAUAUUGGAAUUAAUCUUACUGCUGGGUAACUAUAUGAAUUCGGGUUCUAAAAAUGAGGCAGCCUUCGGCUUUGAGAUAUCCUACUUGACGAAGUUAACGAACACCAAGGAUACGGAUAACAAGCAAACGUUACUGCACUACUUGGCCGAGCUAGUGGAGAAAAAGUUCCCGGAUUGUCUGACGUUCUAUGACGAUCUGUCGCAUGUGAACAAAGCGUCGCGCGUGAACAUGGAUGCCAUACAAAAGAAUAUGCGACAGAUGAAUGCGGCCGUUAAGAAUCUGGAAACAGAUCUGCAGAAUAAUAAAGUGCCUCAAUGCGACGACGACAAAUUCACUGAAGUGAUGGGCAAAUUCGCAGCCGAAUGUCGACAGCAAGUGGAUGUGUUAGGUAAAAUGCAGGUGCAAAUGGAGAAGCUGUUCAAGGACCUCAGCGAAUACUAUGCUUUCGAUCCGAGCAAGUAUACAAUGGAGGAGUUCUUUGCCGAUAUUAAGACGUUCAAGGAUGCCUUCCAGUCGGCCUACAACGAUAAUGUGCGCGCACGCGAGGAACUGGAGAAGAAGCGACGCAUGCAGGAGGCGCGAGAGCAAUCGCAGCGAGAGCAAAUGGAACGACAGCAGCGAAAGAAGGCAGUCGUAGAUAUGGAUGCUGCACAGGCGCAGGAGGGCGUUAUGGAUAGUUUGUUGGAAGCGCUGCAAACGGGCUCGGCCUUUGGCCAACGAAAUCGACAGCCACGUCGCCAGCGGCCCGCAGGUGCAGAGAGAAGAGCCCAAUUAAGUCGUAGUAGAUCGAGGACACGGGUGAACAAUGGACAGCUAAUGACGCGAGAGAUGAUACUAAACGAGGUUCUGGGGUCGGCGUAGUUUGAACUGAGAUUUAACCGAUUGGAUGUACAUAUAUAAAUAGACAUAUAUAUAUAGACAACUAAGUGCGUAGACAUUAGCCAGAAUGUAUCUAUAUUUUUGUAUUUGUAACUGUAGCUAAGCGAAGCUAUUGAAAGACCAACUAAAAGUAGUAGAAAGCAUCAGUCGAUCACAAGCAUGCAGACUCGUACUUAGACAAGGCUUAGAUAUUAGCCAGUAUGUCUGUAUCUAUAUAUCUGUAUCUGUAACAAAGUGAGAGACGAACUAAUUUAAAAUCAGCAAAGUUGUAGACAUUGUUAACAAUCAUAUCUAUCUAUAUACAUACACAACUAUACAUGGCAUCGGCCUAGUCUACCGAUCUAUAUUUUUGA